AUGCCUAACCCCAACACGGGGAAGCUCCCGGGCCAAGCGGAGCCCCCCGUGAAGGAACAUAUCAAUGCUAUCACCACUAAGGGUGGAAGGUCUACACAAGACCCUCCACAUCCUAAUGAUGCAGGGAAGCAGCAGGAGAAGACGCCGGGGGGAAGCGAGGCGCAGAAAGAAAGCGGCGAACAAGUGCCCCCAAGGGAGGAAACACCGAGGUUAUCGCCCCAUGACUUCUACGACACCAUGGUGCAUCCAUUCCCCCAGCGACAGAGGAGGACAACUGAGGACGAACAAUUCGGCAAGUUCGUUGAGGUACCAACGUACUCGAAGUACUUAAAAGACAUCCUCAAUAACAAGAAGCCAUUGCCGUCCUCGGAUGUGUUGGCAGACCAGUCCGUCCGCUACCCGGAGGGGGUUGCAGAGAAUAUUUCGGUGAGAGUCUGGGAUUUUCUCAUCCCCGAGGAUUUUGUGGUUCUGGAUAUGGCGCUCGACAUGAACACGCCGCUCAUUCUUGGGCGGCCAUUUUUGAGCACUGCCAAGAUCGUCCAACCACGUAGACGGGACAACGCGAGGCCCUACGGCAUCCCCACUGAUAGGAAGACCCAGCAUCAUCGCAACGUCUUGUAG